CUUAGCUGGCAAAGGAUAUUAUAUGGAUUGUUGCUGAUUCAUGAUAUGGAAAAUAUGCUUCUGUUGCUGCUUGGUUAAGAGAUUAUCAUGUGCCUAAAUUUAGCAGUCUGAGUUCACAAAAUGUGGAGAUGUGCCAUGAUGUUAAGAAUUUUUACAAGUCAGAAGGUAAAUCCAUAACUGGUGAUUUUAGACAUGCUGGAACCAUGGCUGCUGCUCUGGUCUUGCAAGUCAGUGAUAGAACUGAAGAAUUGGAAGACACAGUUAGCAUUUAUGCUGAGGCAUCGAAUGGGCAGAUGCCAAACUUGGAUCUCAUCAAUAUUGUAUAUUACUUGGCAGCUCAUUAUAGGCAAGGUUUUCGUGUGAAGGUGGAGAGAUUGUGGUCCCUACUUGACUGCACUUUGCUCAAAGUUUUGCGCAUAAUAAUCGUAUAUGUGGGAGAAGUCGCUAGAAGAUUAAAUCCUGAAUGGAAGUUUGGCAUCCCUGCUACAGAUUAUAUCGAAGGCACUGCUACACUUGCAAGUUCAUUGUAUUCUGAGGCCCUGGGUGUUCCCACAGGUCCACAUGGUGCAUUUCGUGAUUACCAGGUUGAUGCUAUCACCUUGGAGUUUUCACCCAAAUUUACUUCUGAUAUGAAGGUCAGGCGCAAUGAUUUCUUUCUAAGAGGUGGCUGGUUUAUCGAAGGAGUUAUCCAGUCAGUGAAUAACCUUCUUGAGAAGUUUCACCAGUUGUUUUUCUUAUACCUUUUAACAUCUCCCAAUAAGUUUGUCUCGGUAGGAGUCUACAUAAUUGCAUUUGCGCUCCUCAUAGCUCCACUUCCAAUGGUGGUGGCUUUUGUUUAUAUCAUUGCCAAUAAUUCAAAUUCUAGUUUAAAGCAGGAGAAGUCCACUUUGUCUCCUUUCCCUGCUGCUGAUGAACACAGUAUCACAGUUAGCUCAUGGAGAUGGCUUAAUGCAGCAAAAGUAGUUUUUAUCAUUCACUUAUGGGGUGUUGUUGUUUCCUUCCUUCCAUAUUUCAUCUGCCAGAUACAGAUCACACCCCAACAACUAGCUUUGUGAUCUGGGUUUUGCUUUCAGUGCUUAGCCUAAAGAAAUUGGUGCUUUACUGUUGGUCCCGACUUGUUUGUUGGCUCGACCUUUGAGGCUUGAUCUUAGAGCUAGAAGUUUGAGAAGCUUUUCUAGGUUGAUUUGUAAUCUGGUUGUAGGGCAUAUUGCCUUUCCUCCAGCAACUUUCCUUGUAGUGAAAGGGGUGUUUUCAGGUUUUGGCAGCACUAAUGUUGAUGAUUUCUGGAAUUGGGUUUAGUCCCUUUGGGCAUGGAACAGUGCUACAUAUCUCUACGUCAGUAUGGUGUACCUGCCUUGGUGGGUGUUAUGCAUUCAUAUUCCAUUUCAUACUUGUUGACACUGCUUA